AUGCCGGCCUACCACUCUGCGUACAACGACGUCUCGCCAGACCAGGUGGCAUCCAUUGCCAAUGUGACGCUGCUCCCCUUCCAUUCCAAGGUCCGCGGACCGGCGCCUCCGCCAAUCGACACAGAGGCGAUGGACAUCAUCGACGAGUCGCUCGACCUCUUCCGCGCCAACUCCCUCUUUCGCAACUUUGAGAUCAAGGGCGGUGCCGACCGGCUCCUCAUCUACCUCAUUCUCUUCAUCUCACAAUGCCUUGGUGUCAUUGCGGGCGCCCGUGUGCCGAUGAGCCAGAACGAGGCAAUCAAGCAGCUCAGCACCCUCGCCGUCGACUCCUUCUCCUUGCCUGGGGACGCGGCUUUCCCCCUCAACAACCUGUACCAGGUCCCUGCGAAUCGGACAGAGGCUGAACAACUACGGGCGUACUUGACGCAGGCCAGGCAGGAGACAGCGCUGCGUCUCAUCGAAAAGAUCUACAUCGAUGGAAAGCCCAGCAAGUGGUGGCUGGCCUUUACGAAGAGAAAGUUCAUGGGAAAGAGUCUUUAG